AUGAGUACUACGGGCAAAGUUAUCAAGUGUAGAGCAGCCAUAUUCUGGAAGCCUGGUACACCAUUUUCCACUGAGGAAGUAGAAGUGUCCCCACCGAAGGCAAAGGAAAUUCGUAUAAAGAUUAUAGCCACAGGGUUCUGUGGUACAGAGAAGAAAAGGGUGAAGAGUCUUUCCAAGUUUCCCAGUAUUCUGGGCCAUGAAGGGGCUGGAAUAGUUGAGAGUGUGGGAGAAGGAGUGAGCGUGGUGAAAACAGGUGACAAAGUUAUCACAUUCUUUCUACCACAGUGUGGGGAACGUACCUCUUUCCUGAAUUCUGAGGACAAUUUUUGUAUAAAAUUUAAUGAGGGCCACACCAGGCUGAUGUCUGAUGGCACCACUAGGUUCACCUGCAGGGGAAAAUCACUGUAUCACUUCGGUAAUACGAGCACUUUCUCUGAAUACACAGUGAUGAAAGAAAUUUCAGUUACCAAGAUUGAUGCAGGUGCACCUCUUGAGAAAGUAUGCCUAAUUAGCUGUGGUUCCACCAGCUAUGGUGCUGCAAUUAAAACUGCCAAGGUCACUGCAGGCUCCACCUGUGGUGUCGGCCUGUCCGUUAUCAUAGGCUGUAAGGCAGCAAGAGCAGCCAGGAUCAUCAGAGUGGACAUCAACAAAGACAAAUUUGAAAAGGCAAAAGAAGUGGGCACCACUGAGUGCAUCAGCCCACACGACUUCAAGAAACCCAUCCAAGAAGUUUUAUUGAUGAUUGGUGCUGGGGCAGACUUUUGCUUUGAGGUCAUUGGAAAUCCAGAAACUGUGGGAGCUGCCCUGGCCUCCUGCCAUGAGAGCCAUGGUGUCUGCGUGAUUGUGGGGUUUUCCACUGCUGGUGUCCAAUUCAAUAUAAGUGGCUCAUUGUUCUUCUCAGGACGUUCCUUGAAGGGAACUGUUUUUGGAAGCUGGAAGAGCAGAGAACAUGUUCCUAAGCUGGUUUCUGAUUACAUGGCAAAGAAGUUUAAUCUAAAUCCACUAAUUACUCAAACUCUGAAUUUUGAUAAUAUCAGUGAAGUGACUGAAUUAAUGAAAACCGGAAAAUGUAUCUGCUGUGUCCUGAUGCUUUAAGUACCAUAUAAUGUGUGCAAGAUCUGCAGCGUAUUUCACCAACCGAAUUACAUUCUGACUAAUUUUCAUGAUUUAGAAGAAUUACCCACACAAAGCUGUCUCUAUGUGCUUGCCUCUGAUUCACUCAGCAGUGCACUCAGACCUGGCUUCUUCCCUCACUACCUCAUCAAAAUGGUUCUUAUGUAUCCACUGUCACCUAGGAUUAUUCUCCUUUUUAGAGCUAGAUCAAGAUUUAAUCAAACAAUUCCAGACACUUCAGAUAUCUGAAGACACCCCAAGAUGGUCCCAUUUUCGUAGUUGCCUCUGGGC